AUGUUUGAAGCACCACUCACCACUCGAAUGAAGAGUGAUAUUUUGGAGAUCUUUGAAAUGUAUGAUACUGAUAAAAAGGGUGGACUCUCAAAACUGGAAUUUAAAUUGGCAUGCAUAUCUCUUCUUGGUUUCAAACCAUCAAAAUUUGAAAGAAAGGAAUUAUUUCCGACACCACAAUCAAUUGUAAAUCGAUCGUUAUUUGUUGAAAUUAUUAGCAAAAAGAUGAUGAGAAUAGAUGAACAAGAUAGGAUGAGGCAGAUAUUUAAUUCCUUUGAUAAAGAAAGAAAAGGUUAUAUUCAUCUUGAGAAUUUGAAAGAUGCAGUGAAUUCGGUGAUUAGAUUUGAGAAGUCGAACGGGAAAAAAGGUUCUCACUCUCUUUCGACUUUUGCUCUCGAAACAUUGCUUACCGAGCAUGAUGAGGAUCGAUCGAAUCGUAUUACCUAUUCCACCUUUUGCAAUUUAAUUUUAAAGAAACACUUGAUGAUCUAG